AUGAGUGGAGAUUCAGAUGAUGGAUUGCCAGAGAGCAGUGGAGCGUUUGAAGCUACGAUUGAAGCGUCUUUUGAGCCAAUGUCUUCCUCUCCAAGCAUCCCCUCGUCCCCCCCUGAACAAACUCCUGCACCCGCGAAGAAGAAAACAGACGCCGAAAUCCUGUCGGCAUGGCUCAGCCAAUUCCUCGUCGGAUUCAAAACCAGCAACGAUGUCACCGUGGAAAUCAGCAUGCGCGAGUUCCUCGAAAUCACAAAUACAGAUACCAAGGCUGAAGGGUCGAUAUGCUACCUCGAACAGGAUAGCAUCGACAUGGCGCUUGCGCUGCUAACAUACAAGUACGAGCGCGGCAGUGACGUGUGCGUGCUGCGUGCGUACGAGGGCACUGAGCUGCUGCAUAUCGGACAGGGCGCGUAUGGAGUCGAUGAUGUGGCGACCGACAAGCAGCUUCUGAGUAGCGUGCGGAAUCCAGGGAAAAGAUGGAUUAUCGUGCCUGUUUCCGACGGGAUGUUGAAGGGCGAGGCUGCUGAGGCCGUGUUCAAGAAACCUGCUCUUCCUCCUACCAUCGCCACCACUACCGCAGCCGCCAAAAAAGGGGGAGGAGAAACAACACUGGCUCCCUACGGCAUCCACUGGGGUCUCCUGGUCGUCGACAAAAAGACCCGGCUGGCCCGCUGGAUAGACAGCUCCCUUGAACUCGACAAAAGCCACACACACACAGGCAAAAGAUUUAUCCGCCACAUGCUUCCCACGGGAAAAGCUGCCGCCUUUGUCCUCCACGGCAUCGAGCGCAUCCUGCUCGGCCCCCAAUGCCGCCGCCGCGCGUUCAGCGCCAAAACGGCAAAGUACGUCCCGCACCAGUUCCGCGACAACAGCUUCAAGAGCGACCCUGGCGCCAGCUGCGGACCCUAUCUCGUUGCGUUCCUCGAGUACCUGUACGCGAACCCCCGGUUCCUGGUGCAGCUCGCGAGUGCGUUUCGCGUGGAAAAGUGGAAGACGCAUCGUAGGGAUUUGGCGUUUGAUUCGCUACGGACGAGGGUCGCCAUGCAGGAGAUGAUUCAGAGGAAGAGCGAGAUGGUGCUGCGCGGGGGCGAGAAGCCGCUUAGGAUGACGGCUGAGGUUUUUGAGCUUUUGAGACCAAAGGUUUUGGCGCCGUUGGUGGCGACGGCUUGGAGGGCGUAUGAAGGGAGGAGGGAUAAUGUGGAGUUUGAUAAUUUUUAUUUUGGGGGGGAGAAGAGAAUUAGGAGAGGUGGUGGUGGUGGUGGAACAGAUGGCAGUAGUGGAACAGGAGGAGAUGGAGAUACUGGAAGUGAAGGAGAUGUAGAAUUUGGAAAGGCAGGAGACAUACGAUACCACGACAUCGUUGAGACGGACUCGGAAGACGCAGACGACAGUUUCCUCUACAGCCCCACGGAUAUCAACGCAGUCCGCAUAUCCAAGCAGCUGCUCCGAGCAGAAAUCCGGGGUAACCCCCAAAACUACAUGGGCAUUCCCACCAAAGACCUCAAGUACAAACGUGCAUUCGAGCUCCUACAAGCCGCUGCUCUGGCCGCCGAGUCCAGUAAACUUACCACCAACCCCCCUGAGCCCAGCCCAGCCCUAUCCACCGCACCUCCACGCCGCUCUCGUCACCCCAUACUGCAAUAUCCAGACGGCAUCGAAGAAGCACCCAGCGACUUUGCCGACGCAACCCAAGUGCCCCCAGCCCAAGUGAAGCAGUGGCGGCGCGAAAACCUCGAAAGCAUCCAGAAAUGCCAGCUCGGCGCCAAAGCCACGCACGACGGGCUAUCCGUCCGGGCCAUCCUCCAGGUGCUCUCUGGCGCAACCUUCACCCAAGAAUCGGAUUACCGACUUCAGCACAUCUGGAUCCACGACCCGGAGGUGUUUAGCCCGCACGAGCGCGAGCAUCCCGAACGCUUGCUGCCUGGAGUCAUUGCGCAGCGGCUGCGAGAUAGAUACGAGAUCUUUGGUAUGACGGACUUGGCUGAGACGCAGCAGCUGGCCUUGGCGGGUAACAAUACUAGGAAACGGGGGCAUGGCGAUGGGGACGGCGAGGAAGAGCAGCAGCAUGUAGUGAAGAAGCCGAAGACGACGAAGACGAACUAG